GACCUCCUCUACAGACACUCCUUCGGGGUGGGGACGAUCCUCUGCCUCAGCUACGGCCUCGUCUUCAUCCUGGGCCUCAUCGGAAACUGCUUCGUCAUCGCCGUCGUCUUCAGGACUCCACGCAUGCGCACCGUCACUAACUUCUUCAUCGCAAACUUAGCCGUGGCAGACGUCCUGGUCAUCGUGUUCUGUCUGCCAGCGACGCUCAUCUCCAACAUCUAUUACCCCUGGAUGCUCGGCUGGGUCAUGUGCAAGUUCGUGGCGUACGUCCAAGGUGUUUCUGUGUCCGCUUCCGUCAACUCCCUGGUCGCCGUUUCCUUGGACAGGUUUUUGGCCAUCUGGUUCCCCCUGAGGCUGCAGAUCACCACCCCGCGUGCCCGGGCCAUCAUCGUGCUCAUCUGGAUCAUGGCCGUGUGCUCCGCCGUGCCCUACCUCGUCUACUUCGAGACCAAAGUCGUUUACGAGGACCUGCCUGAACUGCGGGUCUGCGUGGAGGACUGGCCCAACCGUCAAGCCGAGCGUCUUUACUUUCUCAUUGCUCACCUGCUGUUCUGCUACCUGCUGCCGCUGUCUCUCAUCAUCUUAUUCUACGUCCUGAUUUGGUUCAAGGUGGCCAACCGUAACAUCCCCGGCGACACCCGCGAUGCUGCCAUUCACGAGAUGCAACAGAGGAGUAAGGUCAAGGUCAUAAAAAUGCUGGUGGUUGUCGUCAUCAUUUUCAUGCUGUCGUGGCUGCCGCUGUAUACCAUCUUCGCCAGAAUAAAGUUCUCUGUUGUCGAUCCUUAUGGUUCUGUUAAUUCGCAGGCGGUCUGGAGUUGA